AUGCCCACACCACGACGAGCAGGGUCGGCUUCCUUGAAAAAGACGUGGUCAAACGACUCGACAGCGUCGAGACACGAGGUGGACCUGACCAGGCCUCGCAAGCACGCACGAAGGACCUCGUUGCCCGUCCAUCAUGCUGGAGGAUCACAAGCCAAUGGCGAGUCCUCGGCACUGCUAGAGAGACGGGGUUUCAGGGAAGCGGUCAAUGGAGCAGGGCUAAGCUCGAAUGGACGGGGUGUCUUGCGAAGGCGUGGCUCAACUUCUCAGCAGCGAAAUGGCAGAACAUCGAGCGAGAGGCCGAGAAGGCUCGAUGCUCCGAUCGAGGACGAUGGACAUGGCGGAGACGACGAAGAAGACGAGGAAGACGACCACACAUCCACAUUCGAGGAUAAAGAUGAUUCGGACGACCUCGCUCGUCGUAGACGGAGAGUCUGGACCAAGAGGGGGCUGGACGAGGACACAGAUGGUGUGAUCUCGAGCACGACAUAUGCAGCUGGACCUUCUGGCGGAGGAAAUGGUGUCAGCGGUGUGGAAAGCAGCAGCGAUGGAUCGAGCUCGGAUGGGCGUCAUGUGUUCGACUGGGACGUCCCUCAUCGUAGAAGUAUACAAGGGAUAGCAGCAGCCGGUGGUCCUCCCUCGGCGUCCUACAAAAGAUCCUCAUUUCACGCCGAUGGCCCUCCCAAGAGACGCAAUGGACGCGCAUCAACGCGGCCAGAUGAGAGAGCAGAGCCGAUAUCGGCGCCCAGCACAGGACUACUUUGGAAAGGCGCUUCUCAACCAGGCACCAGUGACGGAUCUUUUGCGGGCCUCGCCACGCAAACUGUCCAACGGGCAUUGGGCAAGACGAGCUCGGGCCCUAACUCGACACCGCCCGGCAGAACAAAAGAGCUUCCGAGCGGUGUUGCAGAGAUAACAACAACAGCACAGCAGAGGAAAGGAGCAAGGCCACAAAGACCAUCGAGACAACUUAAUCCUCUACUCGAGGCGGCCUUUCUGGUGGCAGCUGGCGCCUGGGCAUGCUUAAAGCUCCUCGAUAAUGCAGAGGAGGUGGUCAGACUGCAAGCAUUUGAGAUUGCCAUGAUUGUGACAUGCUCGACGCUCUACUACCUCCUGCGGUCUCCCGAUACGUUCGGAUCCAUCUGGGCGACGGACGCCCGCAACUAUCGUACCUGCUCCGACGAUGGUGCCAUGAGCGGCCUCUUGCUGGGACCUCUGCUGGCAGUGACAUGCCUUUUUGCUGCGCUCGAUGAUCCAAAGCCGUCAAAGAGGAUGUUGGCUUCUGGAGACCCCCUCGUCUUCCCACCGUGGCGCGUCGAAGGGCCCCAAGACAUUCUCGGCAGCCGAAGAUCGGUCCCCCAUCCCCGGCUCAGUGCAAUGGCUCUAUCUCGGUGCGACCUCGUCAGCCUUCAGACGCUCACCUCGACGACAUUGCUGGCCCAUUUGCUCGCCACGACAUGGAUUAAGCGCCCACAUGAGUUCCCAGCGAGCAAUUGGAGGCGAUUGUGGAGCUUCAUCAAGUUCUCGACGCUUCUCUCUGCUCUCCUGGCCAUCGUUAGGGAGCUAGCCGCCUCGUAUGGCGUGCCCCUCUGGACCGACAUUUCCCGCGUCGAGCUGUUCACCACCGCUCAAUUCUACCAAUCCAACCUCUAUGUCAUUUCGCGUUUGGCCAGGAGGAGCUUCACUUUGGGCGAGCUGGCCAUUGUCUCGACUGUCGGCGUCACACUCUCGGUUGAGACUCUCAAUCUGACAGCCGCCAAGCUGACGCCCGCAACGACGGCCUUUGUCAAGACAUUUCGCCACCCAACCCCCUUGCUCGUCUUCCAGUUAGCUCUCGUCGUGGGCACCUUUAUGAUUGGGUUCCUCCUCUCGCCGCUUCUCUAUCUGUCCCGGCACUUGGCUCAGAAACCGGUGCAUCGACUGCGAUGGCCUCACAAGCGUGAUCUCCACCGCCGACUGCUGGCCGGUUUCUUCUACCUUUUCGCCGCUCUAUUUGUCGUCGGCGUCUUGGGCUUCUGGGUCUGGUGGCAGCUCGGGGGACGUAACCCGUGGAUGUGGACGUUGCACUUUGUCAUCAAGGGCAAGUAUUGGUGGUCUCGUCCCUUGCUCGUUGGCUACUGGCUUGCUCUUGUCAGUGGCAGCAUUGCGGGCUGGCAAGCGACCGUCGUCAGCGGCAAGCGUAUUCGCCUCCGACCGGGCAAUUCCUCAACAGUAACGCAAUCUGUCAACUCAGCUCGUCUCGCUGCAGCGCCGCCCUACUCUGCCAAUGAGCCCCUCGAGACGACAUCGGGCAAAGUGAUGAGCAAAGUUGGCUUGCGCGCUGCCGACGGGUCUGCAAUGGGCCCAAAUGGCCCGGCUGCUCCCAACCCAAACAGCCAUUUGGCCCUCAAGAAGGCCGCACACCUAAGCCUCAAUGCUCGCCGAAAGUUCUUUCAUGCCCUUGCCGUGCUUCUGUUUGCGCCCGGCAUUGCUCUCGACCCCGCAUUCACGCACCUGGCCUUCAGCUUGGCCUUUUCCGUCUUCAUCAUGGCCGAAUACACGCGCUACUACGCCCUAUACCCCUUUGGCGCAGCGCUGCACGUCUUCAUGUCGGAGUUUACCGACCACAAGGACUCUGGGCCCGUCAUUCUGUCGCACUUUUACCUCUUGACCGGCUGCGCAGGGACGCUUUGGCUAGAGCCCACGCAGGGCGGCAUCGCCCACCAGAUCGGUGUUCUGACGCUGGGCGUCGGGGAUGCCUUGGCAAGCAUCAUUGGAAGAAGAUACGGGAGGGUCAGAUGGCCUGGAAGCUCCAAGACGGUCGAAGGAAGCAUUGCAUUUGUCACCUCGAUCUUUGCCAGCGCUUGCCUGCUGAGACUCAUUGGCUGGUGCGAUGCCUUCAAUCUUUCGCGCUUCUUCCUCGUCACUUUGACACUCGGCAUCCUGGAAGGCGUCGCUUCACAAAACGACAACCUCGUCUUGCCCAUUUACGGCUUUAUCUGCAUUUACCUCUUUGACGCACAUUAA